UGGGUCAUUGCUAACGUGUGCUCCGUGGGAGAAUCAUUACUGAUAAAUGCAAUUGAAUAUAAAUAACGUAACUGCCUUUAUAUAAUUAGAAGCAACAGAGAGGAAAUUAUCUCGAAUUGGUCUUGUCAGAUACACACAAAAGUAAAGAGGAUGGCCCCUGAGGUCCAGGCAGUGGUACAUUCUACCCAAGCCUGGCUGCGCUCCUCCUGGCACGUUCAGGUGCCCUUUGCCUGGCUGGAGGCCUGCGUGGAGUGGCUGCAGGAGGAGGCUGGAGGAGCAGGUCGUCUGUCACAGCAGCAAAUCAACCAGCAGGCGCUGGACCAGUGGCUGAUGACAGACCUGAGGGACCUGGGCCACCCGGUCCUCCCGGAGAGUUUCUCCCAGGCCCAGAAGACCGAACUCAGCGGCACCUUCUGUGUCCAGGUUGACUCAUUACUGGACAUUGGUCAGCCUGCCUACGGUCAGCUGCAGAAGUGGAAGGGCUCAGAUGUUGCCAACGACGACGUGUCUGCUGUCACACAGGCCACCCAGAGGCCCUGGGAAGCCAGGCCAACACGCAUGCUACUGUUGCAGGUGACUGAUGGAGUCCAGAGCUUGGAGGCAAUGGAGUAUCAGUCCAUCCCUGCACUCAGCACAGCUCUCAGACCUGGUGUGAAGCUGCAGCUGCAGGGGAAGAUGGUUUGCAGACUUGGGAUGCUUCUGUUGGGGCCGUCCAACAUAAAGGUCCUGGGUGGGGAAGUAGAGGACCUGGUGGAGAGGAAUACACAGAGCAAGGUGCUGUGUCGGACGCUGGGAGUUCCUGAGGAGGAGGAGCAGCAGCAGCAGGAGCCAGCACCACAACAAGGUAACCAGGAAGUGGAGGACCUGGACUUUGAUGACGCAGAGUUGUUGGCCACUCUGGAGGCCCAGGAGGAGGGGGGGAGGGCUCAGGGCGGUCCUGUUGGAGACAGUGGCUACGGGACGCUCAGUGAGACCUACACUCAGUCCUCCAGGAGCUCCUCAGUCAGGAGCCACGCCUCGACAGCCUCAUCCAGAAGUGGUUUGAACCAGAGCAACAGAGGUGGUUCAGUCCAAGGUCGUCGCCAGGGUAACGAACACGAGGACUUUGACCUUUCAAAUCAGCCAGAGAUCCCAGCUCACAACAUGCCAGAUGAAGACUUUCCCGACGAAGACUUUGACGAUCUUCCUCUGGAUGAGUUGGACAGUGUGAUUUUUCAAGAGAGUACAAACAUUACUGCGCAGUCUGCCAUCAGUCACAGGAGCACGCCACAGAACAACAACAACAUACCAACAGGAAAUCCUAACAGAGCAACAAACGCCCAAACUGCUCCAUACGAUCAGCACACUUUGAAUGACUCUGAUUCACAAAUUGGAUCAAACAACUCCAGGUCCAACACACAGAAAAAAGACUAUCAAGGCUUUGCUAAAAGAGCAGCAGCUUUAGAAUCAGAUUGUGUUGCUGACGAUGAAAGUGAUUUCAUGGAUGAGGAAAUGGAUUGCUUUCUUGCAGAGUUAGAUACUGGGAGGUUAAAUCAGCUCUCUGUCCAUCAAGGACCUAGCAAACACAGAGAGAGCUCUACCAACAAAACAGACACUGCAGGCUCCAGCUGUAGGAUUACCAGCGUGUCAUCAAGAAGUGUAAAAGAGUCUGCAUUUGAGAGCUCACAUAACACACCUCAAGUGCAAAAUAACAGCUCAACCACUGCAGUAAUUGAUAGACUAUCUGCUAGAACAGAACCUCAGAGUAAUUCCUCAGCUCCUGCUCUCUCGCUGACCUCUCCACCUUUUACAUAUUUGUCUCUUCUUGAAGAGAUGAUGUCCAAACCACAACAUCCCCGCACAGAGAUCCGAGUCAAGGCUUUCAUUGUGACUCUCUUGGGAAAACUGAGCAGCACCAACGGUUUUUGGCGCGUCUGUGCCACAAUAUCCGAUGGAACAGGGUUCAUGGACGUGGAGCUGUCCAACGAGGUUUUGACGGGCCUGCUGGGCUUCUCGGUGGCGGAGAAGGGGGCUCUGAAGCGUGACCCAGCCCGGAGAGGGGAGCUGGACCACGGAAUGAGGAGGUGUCAGGAGGAGCUGGUGGACAUGUGCAGUGUUAUGACCAUCGUGCUCGGGCCAGACGGAGGAAGAGCUGUCGUGACCAGGGCCGACCCCGUCAACGAGAAGGUGGUCCAGCAGCUGGAGCAGAGGGAUUGGUAUUUAACCUGCCCUUCUGCUGCGGAUUUGGAGAGCAGGAUGUGUGAACUGGAUGUCUGACGAUCAGCAAGCAGCCUGUUGCAAUGCAUCCAUCUGGUAUAUGUAAAUGUGACAUCCUGUCAUUUGUCAGUAGAUGGUUUCAUUUAUCUAUUUAAAGAUCUGGCACUGCAUCACUCCCAAAGAUAACCGAUACAUAAUAUCUACACUAAAUGUUAAUGAUCGGUUGUAAACAUAUUAGUUGAAACUCCCUAAUUGUAUUCAAACUAUAACUAUGUGAGGAGGAGAGCGGAGCAAGUGAGAUGAGAGAAGGGAGCGGGGGGAGAAAAUAAGUCGUGUUCUGAUUGCUGUAAUGAAUUGCUAGCCUUUGCAUCCAUUCAGUACAUUCAUUACUUCUGACUGAAAAAUGAUUGAAUAUCCAAGAGCAGCAUGGGUCUUUAAUAAAGCCCACCGGAGGAGAAAGAGAAGAAAGGGAGAUAAUAAGGAGAGACCAUGAGCUUCGAUGAUAUGUGUUUAUUGUAGAGCAUUAUGUAUAUAUAUCACACAAAGGUGAUGUCCUGCUUGUUUUAACUGUAUAUUGAUAGAAAUUGUUCUGACGGUUUUAUAAUUUUAUUUUACACUGACUAAUAAAACAUGCUUGAAACAAAA